AUGGCUUCCUUGAAAAAGUCCUUUUUCGGGUCUCUGUUUACAUUCCAGCCCACUGCGGUCGAGGAAGUGCGUAAUAUAUUCCAGGAGGUAUUCGCUCGCAAUGGCCUUGCAGGGAAUGCUCCCCUUGUGAGCUACGAUCAAGAGACGUUUUCUUUUUCAUUCCAAUGUGAACGAAGCGAAACCAGGCUUAGAGAGCUAUUCAGCAAGCUCCUGAGAGACUACAUUAACGACCAUCAGGCGGAGGAGGAUCUGUUAGAGAAUCAACGGAUCACUCCUUUGAAAGGAACUGUGAUUGACGACCCCGUUACGUCGAGUGACCUAUUCUCACUUGAUAACGACGACGGUCUCGUCCUUUUUUCAGACGAGGAAGAGGGCGAGGAAGAGGGCGAGGAAGAGGGGAAGCUGCUUGAAACAAUAGGCUAUCAGACGGCGGUCUGGGAACCGACAAAGGGCAAUGUGGGACUACUGACUUUUGAUGUCGUGAAGGCUCUGUCCGACCACACAGGCAGCACGUUCUAUAUUGAUUCUCACCGCAACGAAGCUCGUCUUUCUGAUGGCAACUUGACAGACGCGCUAUUCCGGCUAAACGCUGUGGAACCAGUAUUGGCGUACCUCUAUCGUCCCGCAAAUGCCCACGUCCUGAUGCUGUAUGCCGCUACCGACCACACACGAAUUGAUUUCACCAUACCCUCCGACAAUGCCCUCCGUCGGAUAAUCGUCGAUCCAGACGUCAAGCCUGUUGGAACUUGGCUGGGCAAUAAACAUAUCGAACAGCUAUCUACAUACAUAAAGGGCGCCAAGGCAGACCAAGCGUUCAUCACGCCGCCUAACUUGACAACUACAACUUCAUGCAGCGUUAAUAUCGCAACCUCAAGUGUCUGGUCAGAUUUUGUUUUCACGCAAAUUGGCGAUGUGGGCAACCAAGCUUCAAUAGGCGACGCGUCUGGCUUUGACAGGGCCGAAAAGCUUGACCCUCUUCCAGUCAGCCACUAUAUGACCGAAACAGAGUCUCACAUGAUUGCGCAAUGGGCUGGACAUGUUGUUGAGGCAGCUGAUCCCCAUGAACAGAUUCCCACAACACCCAUCGUUGAAGGGCAGAAGAGAGUGGGCCGGACCAGGGUCGUCAAGCAAGUGGAAGAUGACGAGGAUGAAGAUACCGAACGAGACGUACCGUUAGCCAUACCUUCUCUCGCCCCAAAGUCAAUGAAUGAUGCCUUGAAUUCUCAUUUUAAUGCACAAAAGGCAAAAGUUGGCCGAACAAGGGUCAAGAGGAUAGAUGAGGAUGAAGAUGAAGAUGAUGAGGAGCUUCAGAACAACACCUUGACUAAUCAUGCCGAACAGCAAGACAGUUGGACUUAUACACCUUUGCCAGAACCAAAAGGAUUUGGCUAUUCCAGCCUGCCGUCGAAGAGGAGAUUAGGCAGACAGCGAGUGGUGAAAGUGGAUAGCGAUGACGAGAUCGAAGACAAUGGGUCAACCUGGGCCUCCCGCAAAGAACAGCAGUCUCGCAACGACGACAAGUCUGCUCUAAAGUCCUCCCAUGUAAAUCCUGAUGAAGCUGGCAUAACCAAUGGAUGGGGCGAAACUGUUUGUCCACAGAUGUCUGGCGGCUGGGGUGAAAAUGUUCAUUCCGAGGUCUCUAAUGGCUGGGAUGACACUGUCUACCCGGAAAUAUCCUCUUUUGGUGCUACAGAUGGUUCUUUUGGAACAAAGCAGGCGUCAGAUGAUGGGCUGGACCAAAGAACCUUGCAAAAAAAUUCUGUUUCUGACCGAAACUCGGACAGAAAACCCGAUAUGGCCACAGACGUGUAUUACAGUUUUGCUGCUGAGACCUCUGGGAGCAACCGCGGAAAAGACACGCUAGGAAAAAGACGAGGUAGAGGUAGCAGAGGACAAGGUCCGGGACACCAUAGGGGUGCUUCCUCAACACAGGCUGCGAUGCCGCAUGUCCAUGAUCCGCGCGGGAUUAGCAACUUUCCGCCAACGCCGAAACAACCAUACCGGGGCCAGUCACACAAUCGCGGUAGGCGAGCUUCAAGGGGCACUACGCCCUCUGGCCAAGGACGUGGCAUAGGCAACCAGGCUCGCCACGGUGGUAACAGGUUCGGUACGUUAGCUGCUGAAACCCUUGUUGACAUUGCUGAGUCGGAGGUUGUCGACCAACACGCCAUACCAUCACCCCCCGGAUUUGAACAUCAACCUCAUAUAGAAGGUGAUACUGUGCGAGGCGUGCGCUCUCAGAGUAAUAUCAGUGACGCACCGUCACAUCCGGAUCUGAUCGAUGUAACAACACCAGAAGCGAAAAAGGGCACUCAUGUGGCUCCGCCUCCUGGCUUCGACUCCUUCAGCAACGCCGGGACAGAAACUAGGACUCAUAAUCAGCGCAAUCGUUUCUCUGCACCUCGUUCCGGAAGCCCUCUAGAUAGCGUGGGUACUCAGAGUGUCCUUUCGGUGGCGAACGCUGGGCCGUUUUAUGUCAACACCUCAAACCCAGGCAUGGACUUGAUGGAGAUGUCACGAAGACGCCUAGAGCAAUUGCAUAGAGCUCGUGGUGAAGAAGGGCUGCUCGGAAACGAGACCGAGAACCUUCAAGCUGUUGACGAGUCGAGUACUCGCACCUACCAUAGGACGAUGAAGCAGCAGGCCAAGAAGCCCGCCACGAAGAAGGAGGCUGAUCAAAAAAAGGCAGCAGCACUGCAAGAUGCCUGGGGUUCUGGUUCUGGUCCUGGUCCUGGAUCCGGCAAAUCAAAAGCUAGCGAUUCUACUGCAGCACGUUCCUCUCGUAAAACAGAGACUUCCGACAUGUCCGCCGCGAAGAAGAGGCUGCUUCGGGGGCAAGAAGCGAUGGCCAACACCCAGUCUACGAGCAUUAGUGAAGAGCAGAUAACGCUGCAGAAUGAGCUCUUUGUAGACGCUCUAAAGCCUGUCUUUACUGCUGCAAGGGCUUUUCCCGGAUCUCUCAAUUUCGAGGUCCAGCUUGGCCAGUUCCUUUCACCGAGUCCUGAAGGGGCAUAUCAAGCGAAAUGUGUGACUGUCAAUCAAUGGCACAAACUUUAUGACUCCACAUCUGGUCGGUUGGCCAGUGCAGCGACCUUCACCAAUAUCUUGACGCGCAAUGGUGCGGAUAUUGACCACAUUCUCAGGUUGAAGAUGGCUCAAAGUGGCCGUACAGAGUUGUUCCAUCCUGACAAACCAGGUCGCUUUGGGAUACGCUUUGAGUUUCAUUGUCAGGGAAAGAACAACGACGAGUUCAAGCUGGUGUUCAAUUCUCGAGGUGAAUAUGAGAUUGAGCGCCCAUUUCGAAAGAUUGGUCAAGUUAAUAUCCAUGUGCCUGGGCAAAUAUGGGAUGCUGCUGGCUUGCUUACCGGGUCCACUCGUUUCCCAGAAGAGCAGAUACUUAAGGAUGCCGCUGACGAAAUGGCCCGGUCAAUCUACAUUCCUGGAGGACGCAAGGAGAUUGAGAUCUCAUACCGCCUGCCAUCGAGCAAUGAAUUCGCUGUCAAAAGAGUAGUCAUGAGGCGUGUCUCCCGCCACACAUGCGCCCUUACGGACAAGCACGAUGUGCAACUCCAAAUUACAGAGGUGCAAAGAUUGUUCGUCGAACGCAGAUCUGACGGCAUCUAUCUCGCCUACGCCUCCAAAUACGAAAAGAUGGUGGACCAAAUGAUGAUCCAUUUCGAAGUCUCGCUCAUCUCCGAGAGUAUCGAGCACGCCAUGUCUGCCAAUGCCCACCUCACCGUCGGCGAUAUCACCAGCGCAUGGACAGAAGAUUCCCUCCUCCAAAAAUGGCGAACCAGGGCCCUCCUGGAAGUCACUCACAUGGUCGUCAGCAAGAUGGACGGCGUCGGGUUCCACAACGUCGGUUCAGCCGUCUUCUUCCUGGGACAAGACAGCGUGCUAGGCGGUGGCUCGGCCGUGGCAAUCGGCAGUGCGAUGCCGUCGCAGCAGCAGCAGCCGAACCAGCAGGUGAUGACGAAACUUGCGACGCAGAACACGCAGCAGGCGGCCAUCAUCAAUGUUCCGGGCGUGAGGGGUGGGCUGGCUCUGCCGGUUGAACAGGGUUACGCGCUCGGUUAUGGGGGUGCGAGGAUUCCAAUCCCCGGCCAUGUGGAGCCAGAUGCUGUGGUGCCGGAUGACAGCGCGAGUCAGGCUCCGGAGAGAGGGAAGGUGGACGGUCAACAGCUCGUGCCCGGCUUCUGGUGA